CUCCGCUGUUCCUUCCGCCAAGUGUUGUCACAAUCCUGAGUAGCGCGUGUGUACUGCCAUCGGAAUCUGUUAGGAAUCUUAGGAUGUGUUGGAGCGCCCUCAAGAAUGUUGAAGUUCCAAUAGAUUCUGGAAGCAUUCCCAAACGUUUCUGGAUGGCCAAAUUAGGCCAGAACGAUGCGGACAGUACGGACGGGACGGACGGUCCUUUCCAAAUUUCCAGUAUAUACGCCUGAACCGUCCCACAUAACGAGGACCCGCAGCUCCGGAAGCUGGGUCUGACGACAUCAAUGAAGCGGGGUGUACCGACGCUUGAAAAUCCUCAUCGGGUAUGUGAUAAAAGGAAGGCUUUGACGGGCGAGCAGGCAGAGCUACUCAAACUUCUUGGUGAGAAGAUGGUGGUGUUCAAGGUUGGGUUGUUGGCAAGGUGGGACGCAGCUAGCGGGGAGGUUGUUCAAUUCAAGUCAGGCUUUUCCAACUUACAUAAUUUGUUACUCGAUUGAACCGAUGAUCAAGUCAUUUGACUCUGAGUGAAAAAGCACGAGCUGUGGUCUCAUUCGCACGACGUUGACUGGAUUGCACGCAAUAGUCCAGGCCGUGGUGCACGAGGCCGUAGUAUAUUUUCAAAGUUCAAACGUAC